CGAAUUUUAAUCUAUGGGCUGAGCCCCACAGCCGCUUCUUUAAUACGAAGAAGGAGGGCCUGGUACUUCAUGAGCUGUCUCUACCCAGGAGAAGAUGGGGUCUACACAAAGACAAUAGUGCAAGAUACGUUGGGUUUGGGUGUUUCCCGUUUUGCAACUAGUAGGUUGGGAAGGGUCAUCCAUCAGUUGCAGGGGACAUGGGAGAAGCAGGUAGGGGAGGGGAACACGAGGAAGUGACCUCACUUCCUUGACAACACGCCUAACAGAACCUAGAACUCUCGAGGCUGGUUCAUUACAGUUACUGGUAGAGAGAGAACAGUCAGGACGAUGUUUUCUUGCUGUUUCCCAAAACGCCUAGGCUCAGGCCACAAGAGUUGGUGGAAAGAGGGUCUUAUUCGAAGGCUGAGAGGCUCAGGCAGUCGUCAGCCCCAGAGCCUGGAGCACACCGACCCCAGAACUCCCAAGAUGAUACAGGAGAGCACCCAACAGGCCUCAAAGAAGUCCAGCCCAAAGCUGGAGGAUGCUGGCAAGGUGGGGAGCAUGGAGCCAGACAUGCUGAAGAAGCUGGUGGACAACCUGGUGCCCGCCCAUCUGCGCGGGUACCCAUUCUUUGUGCCUGCCUUCCUGGCCAUCUACAGGAGGUUCGCCACCCCGCGGCAGGUGCUGGAUCUGCUGUUCCUCAGGUACCCCUCCUUCCUUCCGAACUCUGAAGAGGACCAGCAGAACAAGAGGGCUCUGAGCUCCAUCCUGGAGACUUGGCUGCUCCACUACCCAGGAGACUUUUGCCAGUGCCCAGACACGGCCAACCUCAAGCAGCUCGUGGCCUAUGCACUCCUGAAUCUUACAGACUCGGACAUCAUCCAGCAUUUGUGCACACUCUCGACCCAAUUCAGAGUCCGCUAAGAGAGAUCUCAUCUCAGAUGUGAGUAGGAGGCUGGGGUUAGUGACUGUGGGUGGUGGGAAUGCAGGAAAGGUCAUGCUGGUACCACUAGGAGGGGUUUCCAGAGGCUGCUGCUGGCCAGGAGCAAAGCAAGAGAA